AUCGGAGUGGAGUUCGUUUAAACGACAUCUUCUGACGGUCUUUUUCCUUCUUUUUUCUUUUAUCCCUUCAUCUUACGGAUCGCGAUUGAAUCAAUUCCCUGUUUAAAAUGGCUCAAGACACAAUGCGUGCUGUGGUCUUCCACGGCCCUUACAAAGUGGCCGUCGAGGAACGUCCCAUCCCCAAAAUCCAAAACCCCGCUGAUAUCAUCGUGAAGACGAGCUAUACAGCCCUAUGCGGAAGUGAACUUCAUAUGUUCCGAGGUGUGGAGACCGCGGGGACGGGGUUUAUCAUGGGCCAUGAAUUCACCGGGGAGAUUGUCGAGGCCGGAGAGGGGGUGAAGUCGGUUGCAAAGGGGGAUAGAGUCGUCACUGCUUUUACGACUUCUUGUGGCGAAUGCUUUUAUUGCAAGCAGGGCUUUUCUUCUCGCUGUGAGAAGAAUGUCCUCUUUGGAUGUGAUCAUUUGGAUGGAGGACAGGCUCAAUAUGUCCGAAUCCCCAACGCAGAUGGAUCUGUGAUGAAGGCUCCCGAGGGAAUUGAUGAAAAGCUCCUCGUUCUCAUGGCCGACAUCUUCCCCACUGGGUACUUUGCCGCCAGCAAUGCCUUUAAGGGUUACACCCAGGAACAGAUCGCCGAGCAGACCGUGGUGCUCAUCGGGUGUGGUCCAGUUGGUCUUUGUGCGUUGAUCAACGCCCUGGAGCACAAGCCCAAGCAUAUCCUCGCGGUGGACUCUGUCCCGUCCAGACUUGAGCUGGCCAAGUCGCUCGGUGCUGAGCCUUGGAAUUUCCAACUCGAUCGAGCCGGGUUGGACAAGCGUGUCCUGGAACUGACUGAGGGGCGGGGCGCGGAUGCUGUGAUUGAAGUGGUGGGUUUGAGUCCUGCGUUGAGGACUGGUUUUGAUCUGCUGCGCCCUUGGGGGACGAUCAGCAGUGUGGGAGUGCAUAAUGGCGAGAUCCCAUGGGAUGGCAACGAGGCAUAUGGAAAGAACCUGCGAAUCCAAAUGGGCCGGUGCCCUGUUCGAUCAGUCUCUGAGAAGGCAUUGGAGGUACUCAAGAAGAAUCAACAUCUGAUGGGCUUCAUGACCGACAAGAUCAUGCCCCUUUCGCAGGCCGUGGAGGGGUAUGAGAUUUUCAAUGCGAUGAAGGUGCAGAAGGUGAUUUUCGAGGCUGAUAAAUAAUUCAAUUGAUGUGUUGUUUUGUUAGUCUAGAUGAAUUGAAUGUUGAUGAUCCACGAUGACGAUAGUAUUCAGAUGGAUGGAUUGGCUGUGUAUGUGAAUCAAACAUAUUGCUUUGCAUCUACGAUUCAAUUGAUUAUUUGAAUCCAGAUUUAAAAGGUGAAUAUAAUUGUCUUAUUAUUCUUAUUAUUCUA